GUGAGAAUUGUCAAAAAGAUGUUUGCAUGUGACAUUUUUGUGGUUGAUGUGUCUAUAAGUAAACAAAUUUGCGAGCAAGUAUUUUGUACAGUCUGUACUGGUAGUAUGCACAUUUUUAAUAAAAAAAAAUUCACAUUUUAUUCACAUAAGUUUUCUUAAAAUCGUAUAAUUUUUAACUAAUUUAAUAGUCAUAUUUCCUCAUAUAAAUUAAAAUAACAUAUUCAUUAGUUUUAGAUAAGUUGUUAAUUAAAACAAAAAACUAUAUUUCAUUUUUAAUGUAUACAAUUAUUAAUUUGCUUGAUGUAUCACGUUUGAGUCAACGAAAAUAAAAAUACUAAAUUACCUAGUUUAGUUAGUCAUAAUUGAAUCAGUAUCAUGAUUUUAACAUCUCCAACAAACCAGCCCCAUUACGACGCUGUCAUCUUCUCGUCAAACUCUGGAAAAGAUUUGACUAUAGCUAACAGCUUGAUGACGCUAAUAACGGAUAAUAUUAAGAUAGGUGAUGACCACGGAACUAACCAUGACGUCAAAAUUUGCGUGUUUCACGAUAAUUUCCACAACAAAACGAACGUAAAUAUGAGUAGAAUAAAUCUGGCUUUAGAUAGUUCUUCACUCUAUUUCAUAAUCUUAACCGAAGAUUUUAUAUCCGAACGUUUGAACACCGAAUACUGCUGUUGCAACGCUAUAAUGGAUACAUUGGAGAACGAAACAAAGAGAAUUAUACCAGUUUUUUAUAGAAAUGAUGAAACGAUCAAAACGUUCAUAAAUGAGAUUAAAUAUUUUAGACUAUUAGUUCCUCUCCAUCUUGAAGACAUUUUUGAAAACAGAGUCGUGAAUGAAUUUACGAAACCAAAAUGGAAACAAACCUUUGAGCCAGUAGUUCAGGCCAGACUUACUAAAGAACGUACAGCUGAUGACUGCAGCUUGUACACAAUUAACGAAACAGGUUGCAAUGAAAGAAGUAUUGAAUAUUCUUUUAGCAGUUUUUCACUGGAAGAAGAUGAAACUUGUGAGCAAACUUCAUCAGCAAACAAUCACUCAAACUCUCGGAGUAGCUCGCUCCAGGUGACAGAUUCAGUGAAUUCUGCUGCACGUGAGAGGAUGGAAUCUGUUGCUGGCAACGACCACUCCGUCACUGACAUCGUCAACAAUAAAAAUACUGGCGAUGUUAGUACAGUCAAUCGGCCAACUACAUCCGUCCCCGUUAACAACACAAGAAACCACACUGACACCGUUGCCAAAAGCGAUUCUUCCAAUAGUACUAAGCAGGAUCGUCUGGGCAUUGUUGCCCAAAUCGUUAGCGUUAGAGGUGAAAGUUCAAACUUGAACGUAGAUGAAACUCAAGUCAAAGAAUUGGAAGAAAAUUGAAGAAAGCCGGCUGUUUGCCUGAGAUGCAAGUUGUUCAUGCCUCUCUGCAAGCUAUGUACCUCAUUUGAGGCCAUUUUGUUAAUAAAAUUUUUAAAAA